UCACGAACACACAUGCCUUGUGACAAUGGCUUCCACUGAUGAUUGUCGUGUCCUGUCUAUCCAGAGCUCAGUCGUCUCCGGAUAUGUUGGCAAUAAGAGUGCCACCUUUCCUCUCCAGGUUCUGGGAUUUGAUGUGAGCACAGUAAAUUCUGUACAGUUCUCCAAUCAUACAGGUUAUAAAGUGUUUAAGGGUCAGGUGUUGAAUGCUGCUGAUAUGGAUGAUUUAUAUGAUGGACUCAAGUGCAACAACAUUCAUCACUUUACACAUCUACUAACAGGGUACAUAGGGUCAAAAUCAUUCCUGGAGAAGGUCGGAGAGAUCAUCCAAAAUCUACGAAAACAAAAUCCUAAUCUGACAUAUGUGUGUGACCCAGUGAUGGGGGAUAAUGGUAAAAUGGUUGGCUUGGCAGGUGGCUUAUGGUAUGUGCCCACAGAACUACUGGAGGUGUACAAGAAAGUCAUUUUACCACUUGCAGACAUUGUUACGCCAAACCAGUUUGAAGCUGAGUUGCUGACAGGAGUGGAGAUAAAGACAGAGGCUGAUGCGUGGAAGGCAAUGCAGAUUCUGCACGGUAUGGGGCCAAAGACAGUGGUCAUCAGUAGCAGUGACCUGGGGCCUGAUGACACUAUAGUUGGGCUGGCCAGCUCCAUAAAGAAUGGGAGUACUAGUAUGGAGCGGUACCGGAUAGAUAUGCCCUUCAUCGAUCAGACGUUUGUGGGCACAGGAGAUCUAUUUGCUGCCUGUCUCCUCGCCUGGAUACAGAAAGACCAAAACCUCAAGGUUGCACUAGAGAAGACAGUGUCAAUUGUCCAAGCAGUGAUAACGAGGACUGUUACCCAUGCGCAUUGUUUGGCUGGGAAAGGAAAUAAGCCCACUCCGGAACAGAUGGAGCUCAGACUGGUACAGAGCAAAGCUGACAUUGAGGAACCAAAGAUUGUAUUUAGUGCUGUGCCAGUUUGACCCCCAGGAGAAGCGUAGUUGUAAUUGUUAUAUAAUAUUAUUGUUAUAGAUUUUAAUAGGAUGUGUGUGGUGGUGAAUGAUUUUAAUAAUAACAAGGUUUGACUGCUUAUUUGCCAAAUGUGAGACUCUGACUAUUUAAUCUAGGCUAAUUGACUUUACCCAUACUGUUUGACAUUGCAUUCCACCAAAUGACCGUCAUCAAAUGUUGGCUACUACCAGUGCUAAACUGUAUAGUUGCGAGGAUUUAUGCUCGGGAAUCUAACCAUAACAGAUAUAUCCUUGUUCAAUACAUCAAUCAUAUAGUGUUGUUUCCAUGGAAAUGCAGUGUUCGCUCCAUGUUGGAGAAAAGAAAUGGGAAAGGAGGCAUUGUAAGUCUUUUUUAUAUGUUAAAUAUAUGUACUGGUAGAAUUUCAUAAUGGUUUGGGUUAUGUACACGACUCCUCACUUUGAAGAAAUCACAGAAAUGGAUUAAUGACAUGUGCUUGUCUGCCAAUCCUGUUGCAUGGAUACUCCAGGGGUUAUGCUCACUUUUGCUCAUUGCACCCCUGGAAUAUGUCUUAGCAAAAACGAAGGCUCAGUGUUCACCACCGUAUCGAUGAAACGAGAAGACUAGUUUGAUCCUUUGAUGUACAUCAAAAGAAUUUGUAAGCCUCGUAAUAGUGAAAUUGACUAGCUUUGAAGUCGGGUGUCACUCCUCUGUAAUGUUCAAAGGACAGGUAUGAGCCUAGUGAUUGCUC